AUCACAACCGCCUUGUUUCCCUCAACUGUUCUUCGUUCUUCUCUCUUCCAAUACCAUCACUACCGCGAGCUUGCUGUCUCUAGUCAAUUGUUAGCUCUUUGCUGAGUAGUCAGCUUACUACUGUGGUUAACGACCAACUUCGACAACAAUCAUGAGCUGGGUUGUGCUAUGGCUGUCUCUGUGUUUCUUUGCGUUACCAGUCACGGCGGGUCCAAAGCUUUCUGGACAAGAUCAGACAGCUUUUACUAGUGAUUCAUCGCCUAGUGAGAACAACAGAGGGAAGGAGAACGGGACGGAUGUGAGUACGGGAUGGGUCGACCCCAGGAUCAAUGGAGGUCGCUUUCUGGAUUUCACUCUACCUCAUCUCGGUGAGCCAUUGAACGUCAUCAUCUCUGGGCUCUCGGAUCCAUGGAUCCUCACCGAGGACGGAUUCCAUAACUACGCAAAGUCUAUAGGCUACUCCGAAGAAUGUCUAGGCUUGCAUUACGGGAACAUCCACGAAGCGGACCUGGGCGAUGGGGACGGUCGGAAGGAUGAGCUAUACCUCGCGCGACAGUACUACUUUCCGAUAUGGGGGACGUGUUGGGAGAGCUUUGCGGGUGGACAUCAUUUCAGGGCGUGGAGGCAGAAUGGGAGCGCGGCAAAUUCAGGGGCGUGGUUCAUUGGGGCCUCGAAGGAAGAGCACUCGCAGAAGAACCACAUGAUCGUAGAGGACGGGUACAAUCUUGGACGCGAUUGGCUCGUCGAGAGGGCGGAGGCGGGCAGUCAUUUCAAGGGUAUCUGGUGGAAGGCGGAUGUCGAGUGGCGGGAGGGUUUACUAGACCCUGGCCAUGAAGGCGUGAACCAUGGUAUAGACGUCGACGGUCGUGUCGCCAUAUUGACUGUUAACCGUGUUUGAAGCCUUUCCGCUCUGAUCACCGGCGCGCUGCCUUGUACCUGCUGUAUACCCUACACCAUGCCCAGUCUCUCGUCUAACGCCCUUGUAGACUCACCUCACGACUUUCAUCUACCUCCUCGCCCUUAGACUCUGGAACUCUCGUCUGUAUAUAUAUGUAUGUCCUGUACUUACCUUAUUUUCUCAUGAUUUGCUCGCUCGUUGUAGUUUAUUAGUAGUGGCUGCCAUUUGUGCCUCUGCGCGCUUACAUAGGCGGCAUUAUGUUUAUAUCACGACUGGGUCGGAUUCUUUCUUGGUCUCGGUGGUGGACGAGACUUGUGAUUUUUAUUGCAAUAAACGGUUGGG